UGUGUUAUUUUAUAUAUCGUUUUUGUGGCCGAUGCUAGGCAUAACGAAAAUAAGAUUAAAAUUCUAAAAAUGCAAAAAGAAAGUGAGAAAAUGAGUAAAGAAUGCCCCUCACAAAAUAAUGGAACUAUUGAAGAAAAUGAAAUUAAAAUUGAAAAAAUGGAAAAGGAAAUUAAGGAAAUGGUUAAAGAACAGGCCAAACUUAAUGAAAAAAUUAAAAUUUUGGAGGAUACAAAAACAGAUUUGGGUAAAUUAGUCGAGCAAAUUAAAAAUUUAGAAGCAAAAAUUGCGGUUAUUGAUGAUAAGGAAAAUAAACGAUUUGAUGACUUUUAUGAGAUGUCAAAAACAAAUUUUAACACUCUUCAAAAGGCUAUUAAUGAGCAUUCAAAAAGAAUGGAUAUAAUUGAAAAGGAGAAAAUAUUUUUAGAACAUAAGGGAAAGGAAAAUGAAAUUAAAAUUCAAAAAAUGGAAAAACUAAUUGAGAAAAUUGUUAACGAAAAGAACGAACUUUUCGACAAGAUCAAUAUUUUUGAGUAUGCGAAAAAUGACUUUGAAAAUUUUGAAGGACCAACUAUGGGAUAUUUUGAAGAUUUUGAAGAAAAAGAAGAAUUUGAAGAAGAAGAUUUUGAAGAAGAACAAGACAUUUUCAAUUCAUUUUAA